CAGAGCUUCAGUGACUUCGAAAAACACGCGCGACGAAAGCACGCCUGCCCCAGGCUACCAUCUUCACUCGUCUUUGACUUGCCUCUUCCAUACAUCAUGAGGACACGUAAGAUACACAUUCAUGGCGAAAUAAUAUGACCACAGCCCUGCAGAUUCGAAGCUACUUGCGUCAGUUGUUUCAGUCUGGACAUCCGCCAUCAUGAGCAACAGGGAGCCAGCCAUGUCUUCCCACGCGAACCAGUACAUUCGCGAAGUCCUUCACUCGGUCCAAGCACCCACUGAAAUACCUGUUCGCUAUUUCUACACGUCACCGCUCGCUAUCGACGAUCCGCUCUCGCCCAUACCUCCGCCAGUGACGGGUGCAGCGGCGGCUGCAAAGAAGCAGCUUCCCCGCCCCUUCUCAGAGUACGACAACGAUGCCGUCAACAAAUCAUGGCUGGAGGUAAGGAAGAAGAUAUUGCAGCACAAUGAGGAGCUGGGCGAGAAGAAGGAUGGACAGGAGCCAGGCACACCGACCAACCCGGCGGUUGCUCGUCUGAAGCGGAGAAGAGCUGGCAGUGCACCCAGGGAAGGGGAUAGCCCGAAAGGCAGAGACAUACCUCUGGGAAGAUCAAACAGUAGUGGACAGUAUUCUCGGUCUGCCGAGCUGUUCUCGCGCGGACGAGCUAGCUCCAGCGGUGGCAGUCAAAGCGCAACAUUGGUGCAAUCGAUGAAGGCGCUUGAUCCAAGUCAAGCAUCGCCCACGUCAGGUCCUACAACUACAGGAACGCCGUUCAUUCGAGCACCCUCGCGUACCAAUGUUGCCAAGGCAUGGAAGCCAGCACUGGGAGAGGGCGGCAGUCGGCCAACAAUACACGAGGUGGACAGCUACAGAUGGGACGAUGAUAUGGAGCCGGCGCUGUCAAGCGGCAAGAACAAAGGUCCAGCAAGGACACCCUCCAAACCUCAGGAUGGGCCCUCUGUCAAGGUACCUGUGGGCGUGUCGAGGCUGCACCACGUGGUCAUGGACGCAGAAUCGAUACGAAUGGAACCUAUCUAUUGGUCACCUCUCAGCGACAUCUCUCGGAUCAUACGAGGAACUUGGUUCUACAAAGACUCAAUGAUGCCGGUAGAGGUCGAGGUUGCGAACAUGCUCGAAGCUGGAUAUGUGGAUCUGCAGCCUUGGACGCAAACAUGGAAAGAUGAGCUCAGCAGCGCGGUCGAAGUUGGAGCGCUCGGCGAGAUGAAAGUUGUGCACAAGCUGUGGCCUGACAAGCUAGUAACUUCAGAUAGCAGACCCUCCACUUCGCAGCAGAUGCAGACAACAGGCUUGGUACAGAGCACUCUUCCAGAGGAACAGGAUAGUCCGGAGCAGGAGCGACUAGACAUAGUCGAGAACGCAUGUGAUCGCGUUGACAUCUCAAAUGGUCCAGAUGGGCCAGACAACAAAGCAGCAGGAGAUCUCGAAUACGGUGCGGCAGGCUACAAGCAGCUCUACCUCAAAGCUGGCGUCAUCUACGCUAACGACAAGGAGGCAUACAUCCUGAAGCCGACUCUACAGCCAUCAGACUACUACGGUCGACGCCCAUUAGCAAACUACAUCCGAAAGGGUAGAAACAUUGGUGUGUGUGUAGUGCGAGGCUUCGAUCAGGCAAUUUGGGACAAGCUGCAUCCAAGCAAGUUGGAUUCUACUUCCCAGAAAGCGUAUCAGGGCGCGUCGACUGCUCAAUCCGGUACACCAGCGUAUCGUAGGCUGAAGUCGGACCCUGAGCUCGCGAUGUCUGAGCGCCCACGAGUCACGGAUCUUGUGCUGGUCAUCCAUGGUAUCGGGCAGAAGCUGUCUGAACGUAUGGAGACGUUUCACUUCACACACGCAAUGAACUCUUUCAGACGUGAAGUGAACGUCGAGCUGGGGACACCAGAUGUUAAGCGCCACUUGCGGAAGGAUAUGGGUGGCGUCAUGGUGCUGCCGGUCAACUGGCGACAACGUGUAUCGCUUGAGACUGGUGCUGACCUCACGGAGGCCGAGGAUCCUGCAGCCAACAAGUACACCCUUAAGGACAUUACGCCAGUCACACUACCCUCGAUCCGUGGUAUCAUCAGCGACGUCAUGCUCGAUGUUCCGUACUACCUAUCGCCGCAGCACAACCCUACGAUGGUCGCCGCAUGUAUACAAGAAGCGAACCGUAUCUAUCGACUAUGGUGCGCCAACAACCCAGGUUUUGAGAAGUACGGCAGAGUCCACCUUGUCGCGCACUCCCUUGGCUCGGUAAUGGCCAUCGACAUCCUCAGCAACCAGCCCAGUCACGUGGACCCCGGCUCAACCGACCCUACAUCGCCUACGUCCGACCUACCCAAAGACCACUUCAUCUUCAACACAACCGACCUCUUCGUCUGCGGCAGCCCUGCCGCCCUAUUUUUGCUAAUGAAGAAUGCAACCCUGCUCCCCCGCCACGACAAAGAGAAACCCGGCGCCGACUCCUACGCUACCCCCGGUGUCGCCGGCUCGCAAGGCACAUACGGUUGCAUAGCCGUCGACAACAUCUACAAUAUCAUCAACCCGUACGAUCCCGUCGCAAUGCGCAUCAACGCCACCGUCGAUGCCUCCUACGCCGAGAUGCUAAAACCCGCCACCAUCCCCUCCUCUUCCUCAAGCUACUUCUCCUUCGCCAACCCCUUUCGGCGCGUCGACAGCUCCACGACCCUGCAAAAGCCCACUGCUGUCCGCCUCCCGAGCAAUGUAGAGCUCGAAACGCACAAUUUUACGCGCGAGGAGGUUGCGGAGAAAAGAGUGUAUUUACUCAAUGAUAACGGCCAGAUUGACUACUUUAUGAAGUAUGGCGGAGGCGCGCUGGAGAUUCAGUAUCUUACUAUGCUCGGCGCGCAUAGUAGUUAUUGGCUGAGUAGGGAUUUUGUGAGGAUGAUUGUGCUCGAGGUUGGGAGGGAGAGUGGGAGGGAGGGGACGAUGGAGAGGAUGAGGGCGGUUAAGAAGAAGAAGAAUGUCGGUGGUGUGUAGGGCUUGGGACAUGUCCAGAGCAAGGGAAGAGUGGCAAGAGAUGUUGUUAUACCCCCGUUGUUAUGUAGAUAAGAGUUCGUCCAUCUUCAAAAGAUC